AUGGAAGAAGCGGAAGGAAACAUAGCGAUUGCGAUAAUCGAGGAGGGCUUUGCUCUUGCGGGAACAUUCAACAUCGCGGAUUUCGUGCCGUGGCUAAGCUACUGGGACCCGCAGCGCAUAUACGCGCGCACGAAGCGCCUCGUGCCGCAGCAGCACGGGUUCAUGCGCGCGUGCGUCGAGGAACGACGCGAGCUCCUACUGAAAACGAGGACAGGGUUUGAAAAACCGGAGGAGUUGAAAACGCGGACAGGGGGACAGGGGGAAAACGCGGACGUGGUUGAAAAGCCGGAGGGUUCGUUGAAGGGACACGAAACGGCCCUUGUCGAUGCUUUGUUCGAGAUUGAAGGGGAGGGAGAGGAUCAAGUGGAUAAAGACGAGAUGCUGAUGCUCGCAAUUGAUAUGAUGAUGGCUGGAACUGAUACCACCUCCAAGACCGUGGAAUGGGCGCUUGCUGAGCUGGCGCAGCACCCCGACAUGCUGGAAAGGCUCCGUGCUGAGGUGGAUGAGGCGUAUGCCAGUGGGUGCAGUGGGAGUUCCAGUGGGUGCAGAGGAGUUCCAGUGGGUGCAGAGGAGUUUCCAGUGGGUGCACUGGGAGUUCCAGUGGGUGCAGUGGGAGUUCCAGUGGGUGCAGGGGAGUUCCAGUGGGUGCAGGGGCUUGAGCUGGAUUAUUCAAAAGAGCUUCGCAUAUACCUUCAAGUAAGGCAGGGAGAUGAAGGGAGAGAAAGGUCGUAA